UAAAUUUUAUCUAUGAAGCACUGGCUCAAACGGUAAUCGGUUUUUGACAAAUAAUAAACAGUCGCAUACUAGCCAGCUACUGAUAAGUGAUAACAUUAUCAAUUUAAACUUUGAUCAACGUCACUAGCCUUUGAAACCGAGUAACAAGGAGUAACACGGAUAAAAAACAAUUUCCUUCAUAAAAAGUGAUAAAAAUCGUGAUAUAUUUUGUAAAUAAAGCUUUAAGUAAAUUAAAUUAUGUCUUUAUCCAAACCAAUAAUGAAUCUUGUAGCAUCGUAUCUACAGAAUUUGUAUAUACAUCCAAUCAAAACGAAGUCAAUAACAAGUUGCAUCGUUGGUUCAGCAGGAAGCAUUGCAUCACAGUUAGUUUCUGGUCAAUCCCUAAGGCUUGAUCCUGUGUUAGCAUUUGGUUUAUAUGGGUUAUUAUUUGGUGGUACUAUUCCUCACUAUUUUUAUGGAUUCAUAGAAAGUGUAUUUGCCGAGGAAUCUACUGCAUUUCCAUUAGCCAAGAAAUUGUUAUUUGAGAGACUAAUAUUUGCACCGAUUAUGCAAGCAUUUUCCUUAUACACAUUAGCUAGAUUUGAAGGUAAAAACCACAAUGCCGCAUUGAAACAAUUGAAUGCAUUAUAUUGCACUUUAUUAGAAGCAAAUUGGAAAUGGCUGACUCUUUUCCAAGUAAUCAACAUAGCAUUUAUCCCGCCCAUGCUAAGGGUCUUAUUUAUGAAUUUCGUGGGCUUCGGUUGGGCGAUGUUUGUAGCUUCUAAGAGACGGCAACAGACUCAAAAGAAAGAAUAAAUAUUUUUUUAAAUAAAAAUAUAUUAACCAACGUGGUGAUGGAGAUAAGCAAAAUAAUGUAAUUGGGGAUAUUAAAGGAUUUUUAUCUCCUCUUUUUAUUUAUUAAGCGGUAAUGAAAUUGAAUAUAUACAUUUUGUACUUGAUAUAAGUAAUAUUUUUUUUACAUAAUAUUACGUAUACUACCAAUAUAUAAAUAUUUUUGAAAGUUUUAUUUUAUAUAUAGACUUUGAGGUCUGUUCUUAAUUUUUAUAUUUGUAUAUAAAGUGAUAAUAUUUCGUAAGAAUAAAAAAAAAAUUAUUGUUAUCUGAUUUAAAGAUGUAAGUUUUACAAAACACAUUCCGAUGUCAAUGGUCAAGAGAUAAAAAAUGGAAUAAAAAACACGUUAAUAUUUAUGUAUUUUAUUUGACAACAGCAAAAACCUAUGAAACUUUGAUAUAUGUAGUACUGUUUGUAUAAUAAUAAACUUUUUAUAGUGGCCGAGAUCAAAUCGACUGGUAUGUAAUGUAUGCUUUAGCGUUAAGAAAUAAAUCUUUGCUCUAUAUUUUUUUACAAUUUUUUGUCAUUAAUAAAUUACAUUUACUGUUCACGAGUAUUAUCCUAAUA